GGACGGCUGGAUCACCUCACAGCUUUCACUCAGAGCGAAACCUGCACCAACACGGACUAAAAUAAACUAUCAGCGACCGCCAAACUUCUUCGGUUCUCUUCAACAGACUAUUAUUUGGAAAUUCUCCCAGACUAUAUUCCAAAUGAUAACAUUGAAAACGACGCUUCGUGUCGACGCUGGAGCGGGAUUUGCAUACAUUCGCUUGAUUGGCUCGAAGUCGCAUGACAUAAUAGUCCUUGAUAACGUUUUUUGCUGCGUGACGUCACUCCCACUCAGAGAGAACAUGACCGCAUGAAUUUGAGUUUGUGUGUUACUGAUGCGGCAUUUGUGUUUGCUUUUGUGUGUGUGUCCUUCACGGAUAUGAAGAACUGAAGGGAUUCUUCCCGGAGGCUCAGACCAUGAACUACGUGGGGCAGUUGGCCGGGCAGGUGUUUGUGCAGGUGAAGGAACUCUACAAAGGUCUGAAUCCCGCCACGCUGUCCGGCUGCAUCGAUGUCAUUGUUGUACAGCAGCCCGAUGGAUCUCUGGUCUGCUCACCCUUCCACGUGCGCUUUGGAAAGAUGGGCGUCCUCCGAUCACGACAGAAAGUGGUGGAUAUAGAGAUCAAUGGAGAACCUGUAAAUUUGCACAUGAAGUUGGGAGAUAAUGGAGAAGCUUUCUUUGUCAAGGAGAUGGAAGAUGAUCAGGUGGUUCCCUUUUAUCUGGCUACAUCUCCCAUCCCGUCUGACGGAGUGGCUCUGAUGGGCUGCUGUGCUGAGAAUGGUGUGAUGAAGAAGAGGAGGAAGAGGAGAAGGAAGUUUAAAGUGGAAGGCGUGAGGAAAGAGAACAGCCUGGAGUUUUCCGAAGAGGAGCAGUUUAACAUUGACAUUAAUGAUAGCGAGCAGUCGGAUGAGAACAGUCCUAAUGUGUCUCGUCCCUGCACUCCCAAAAGGGACUCUGAACUGCUCUGUAAAGGACAAACGGAGGAUUCGGCCAUGUUGUGGUCCUGGGGGGAACUUCCUCAAGCUGCCAAACCAUCAUUCUUGUCCGCAAAACCAAACCUCCUGUCUGCGCAUCCGCUGUCGAUCCUCAUCUCGGACAGCACACAUUUCAGAGUCAUCCCCAGCAUUGAUGACAUCAGAACUCACCCAGACGGGCAAUUGACCGGAGCGAAAGAGUUUGAAAAGCCGGAGGUGACAUCAGCAGCAUGUGUGAUGUCAGAAAGCGAAGAGAAUGGAUUAAACACUGGACACCGCAAACAAAAUAAGACAGAUUCUCCAUGUAAAAGAAAAGAUAAAAGAAGUCGCCACCUGGGAUCUGACGGCGUGUAUUUGGAUGAUAUAACACAGUUGGAACCUGAAGCCGCUGCACUUUACUUUCCUAAAAGAUGUUUGUUUGUGUGUUUCUUUAUCGAGAGCAGUGGAUCAGAGCGCUCGUGCGGUGAGAGCAGUUCUGACCGUGUGACCGUGUCUCAGUCCGGGUGCAGCUCAGGAGCAGACAGCGGCGUGGAUAGUUACGACCUGCCCUCUAUCGGCAUCUCUCUGUGUGGAGGACUCACAGAAAACAGAGAGAUUACUAAAGAGCACUUCCAGCAGCAGUCUGUCUCUUAUCACCAGUUUGCUGAGAAUCCCUCCAUCAUUGACAACCCAAAUCUGGUGGUCAGGAUCGAUUCUAAGUAUUAUAACUGGAGCACUGCUGCUCCUAUUGUACUGGCAAUGCAAGCCUUCCAGAAACCACUGCCCAAGAUGUUUGGCAGAAUGUCCGACCUGCAUCAAAUGUGGAUGACUUACAUUGCCACGCUCCAAAAAGGCCAUAAAACCAACACCAUAAAAGCCACCGUAGAAAGAGUUGUGAAGGAGAAGAUGCCAAGAAACAGAGGAAGAUGGUGGUUUUCAUGGAGAGGAAGAACAAACAACACAAAACCAGAUUUAAUUUCAGAAUGUGCACCAAGAGACGACGAUAACAGUCGGACAGAAGAGUUUUCCUCCAGUGAUGACGAUCACUUAUCUGCCAAUCAAACUCCCAAACACGCCCACACAGUCCCCGCCCUCACCACAGGGGGCGUAUCCUAUAAGAAGACCCUCCGCCUCUCCUCGGAAGAGCUUGCGUACCUGCAGUUGAAAGAAGGUCCAAAUAAUGUGAUAUUUAGCGUGACAACUCAGUAUCAGGGAACAUGCCGCUGUGAGGGAACCAUUUACCUGUGGAAAUGGAAUGAUAAAAUCAUCAUAUCGGAUAUAGACGGUACAAUCACCAGGUCAGAUAAGCUGGGACACAUUCUGCCCACGCUGGGUAAAGACUGGACCCAUCAGGGUAUCGCACGUCUCUAUCAUAACGUCAGCCAGAAUGGUUAUAAGUUUAUGUACUGCUCUGCGAGGGCGAUUGGAAUGGCUGAAAUGACCCGGGGUUACCUGCACUGGGUCAAUGAGAGAGGAACCAUGUUACCACAAGGGCCGGUUUUACUGAGUCCCAGCAGCCUGUUCUCAGCACUACACAGGGAGGUAAUUGAGAAGAGGCCAGAGAAGUUCAAGGUUGCGUGUUUGACAGACAUUAAGAAUCUCUUCUACCCAAACACUGAGCCUUUUUACGCUGCAUUUGGAAACAGAGAUACAGAUGUGUUUUCCUAUAAGGAGGUUGGCGUUCCUUUAAACAGAAUCUUUACCGUCAAUCCUAAAGGAGAACUGAUCCAGGAACACGCCAAGACCAACAUCUCAUCGUACGCACGUCUGGGUGAAGUCGUGGAUCACGUCUUUCCACUCCUGAAGCGCACCAGUUCCUGCGAUUUCCCCUGCAGUGACACUUUUAGCCACUUCACCUACUGGAGAGAACAGCUCCCUCUGGUGGACGGGCAGAUAGCGAGCACAGACAACACCAUUCAUUGAUCAUCACACACAAUAAUAAGGCACGGAGACACGACAUGUGUACACAGAAAAACAAAUACAACAUGCUGAGUGUACAGAGAAAUAUUAUUAUACAACAAACCUCAAAUAUGCGCACUGUAUGUCAGUCACUUUCAUUCAAAGGUAUCUUCACAUUGUGAUCUGUAGAAUAUUGUACAGUAUAUCGUUUUAAAGGUGAGCUCAGAUAUAUUAUUUUAUUUAGUUUUUGUUUUGAUAUACCUACAGCAUGUGUCACCCCAGUAUAAACUGUAAAGUGAGUUUAAAUAAGUAUUUAUAUGUUACAACAUAUAUGUGUUUAUUAUUAUUAAAUUGAACACAGCAAUGUUACAUUUGUUACAAUCAAAAUAAGUGACGUUACAUUGGGGAAUCUCGUAAGAAAUAUAAAGUUUGCACAAAGAGAUCCUAAAAUAUGCUUUAUUUUGUGCAAGAUAUGAUUCACACAUAUUUACAGACAGUCCUGUCUAAUAGUUUGACAUCUUUUGCUGUCAUAUGGAGCACCCCUUCAUCUGUUUAUACUUACUUGUUUAAGCAAAGAUAAUCUUGUAUUUAUACCUUGUUGUUAGGUUACUGAGAAAAGAAGAAGAUUUAGCCCCGAUAUCUUUAAUUUGAUGCAAUAUUAUAAUUGUUCGUGCAGUUUUUUUGUGUGUGUGUUGCAAAAUUUUUUAUAUGCUUUAUCUAUUUUAAUGGGAGGAGUGUGUCGUUAAAGUGUUUGGGAAGAGGAUAUUCUUUCAGUGAAAGAGCAGAUUAAAUCAGUCCAUCGUGAGCUCGGAUGAGUAGAUGCGACUCUCAGAUGAUUUUAUUUUGAAGGGAAAUGUGUCUUCAGCUGUCCAAUAAAGUUCACACAUGUCA